GUUCUUGCUUGUUGGUCGUGAAAACUUCAACCUCACUUGUUCCAUUCAAUAGUUGACCAUCCCAGCCGAUUCCACUGUUCGUCCCUUUCUUUAAGUUCUCUUUCAUGCUCUUCCAGAUCCCCAUAGCUUUUAAUGUGCCAUUACCUGAUACUCAUUCAAAUCAUUCUCAUUCUCAUUCGGACUCGCUCCCCCAUCCUUCUCGGCCACCAUCCAGGAUCUCAAUUCUGGGUUUAUAGUCCAAAAUUUCUUGAUUCUUGUCUUGCCUGAAUCAAUAUCAUUCGUGCAUCUUAAUUCUUAAAUUUUGAAAUUCUUAAGAUAGUAUUAUGGGUUGUUGUUUGACGAAACGGAGAGAUUCAGAGCGUACUUACAAUGGUUUCAGAUCAGUUGAGCCUACUGGAGUUCACAACCAGAAGAUUCAUGAGCCUUACCAGUUGCCGGCAAAACCCACCGCGGCAGCAGCAACGGCGGCGGCGCCAUGGAAACCUUCGAUUCCUUCUCCGAGUCCAAAACCGAUUCGUAAGUCAGAUACAAUUUUGGAAAAGGCCUUUGAGGACGUGAAACAGUACUAUACAAUUGGGAAAGAACUGGGUCGAGGUCAAUUUGGGGUUACCUACCUGUGCACUGAGAAUUCAACUGGUCAGCAAUAUGCUUGCAAGUCGAUUUCGAAGAGGAAGCUGACGAGUAAAUCAGACAGGGAAGAUAUAAAGAGGGAGAUUCAGAUUAUGCAGCAUUUGAGUGGACAGCCCAACAUUGUUGAGUUUAAAGGUGCUUAUGAAGAUACACAUUCAGUUCAUGUUGUGAUGGAGCUAUGUGCUGGUGGUGAGCUCUUUGAUCGGAUUAUUGCAAAGGGUCAUUAUAGUGAAAGGGCUGCCGCUUCAAUCUGCAGACAAAUCGUUAAUGUUGUUCAUAUCUGCCAUUUCAUGGGUGUGAUGCACAGGGAUCUGAAGCCUGAGAAUUUUUUGUUAUCCAGCAAGGGUGAAAAAGCAUCCCUCAAAGCUACAGAUUUUGGCCUCUCCGUUUUCAUUGAACAAGGAAAGGUUUAUAGGGAUAUAGUUGGGAGUGCUUACUAUGUCGCUCCAGAAGUUCUACGCCGCUCAUAUGGGAAGGAAAUAGAUAUAUGGAGUGCAGGUGUUAUGUUGUAUAUCUUACUUAGUGGUGUACCUCCAUUUUGGGCUGAAAAAGAAAAGGGUAUAUUUGAUGCCAUAUUGAAAGGUCACAUAGAUUUUGAAAGUCAACCAUGGCCAAGCAUAUCGUAUAGUGCCAAGGACCUUGUCAGUAAAAUGCUUAUCCAGGAUCCAAAGAAACGCAUCACUGCUGCUCAAGUUCUAGAACACCCAUGGAUUAGAGAAGAUGGAAAUGCUUCUGACAAGCCAAUUGAUAGUGCAGUCCUCUCCAGGUUGAAGCAAUUCAGAGCAAUGAAUAAACUUAAGAAACUUGCUCUGAAGGUGAUUGCUGAAAAUCUCUCGAAAGAAGAGAUUCAAGGGUUGAAGGCAAUGUUUAGAAAUAUGGACACUGAUAACAGCGGUACAAUCACCUACGAGGAGCUUAAGGCCGGAUUGCAAAAGCUAGGCUCCAAGCUCACAGAGGGCGAAGUGCAGCAGCUUCUGGAUGCUGCCGAUGUAGAUGGAAAUGGCUCUAUUGACUACAUAGAAUUCAUCACUGCAACAAUGCAUAGGCAUAAGCUCGAAGCAGAUGAGCAUCUUUACAAAGCCUUCCAAUAUUUCGACAAAGAUAACAGUGGGUUUAUUACAAGAGAUGAGCUUGAAACGGCCAUGAAAGAAUAUGGAAUUGGUGAUGAUGCCACAAUUAAGGAAAUUCUAUCAGAAGUUGAUACAGAUAAUGAUGGCAGAAUCAACUAUGAAGAGUUUUGUGCAAUGAUGAGGAGUGGAACCACCCAACAAGGCAAAUUAUUCUAAAUCACACUUUCACUUUCUGAGUGUCCAUCCCAUUGUGAAAAAACAUAUACUUUUUAGGAGGUGGGUGUAGAGCCCUUUUGACUGUAAUUUUCAUUCUGAUACCUUCUAUACUUUUUCUUUUUCUUUUUCCCCCUUUCGCCUCCACCAUUGUAAAGCCUCGUAGUUGGUUUGGUUUUGAUUUACCUCUCUGAUUCUCCUAUGAAACAUUCAUUACUUUGUCGUGUUCGAAUUCUUUAUUUUGAUAAAAAAAAAUUAUGAUCAA